GGUACCUGCCAUAAAACUGUUAUUAUGGCGACUAUCAGUCUACUAUGAGAGCCCAGUAUUAAUACACAUAGUACAGUACAUCUCCAAGUGGGCUACUACUGAUGCCAUUGUAGUGGCAUUUCUGAUGGGCUUCUUAUCGGAAGCAGUGGACGGUUUGAUAACUACCAAAUUGCAUCUGGGGUUUCCAUGCUUCGUCGGCUACUGCCUAAUCUCAACCGCAGCGGCAAUGUUGGUCCAUGCAUCUCCACGAGACCGAGUGGAUAACUCAAGGAUAAAGCCAGAGUGGCGUCGUGGCCUUACGUUCGGUGUCAACACCAUGGCACUAGUCUGCUGGGCUGUCGCAUCUCACAUUAACUUCUGUGCUUUGGCUAUCACACUCAAUGGAAAAGAUAUCGAUAAGAAGGACAUAAGCCUUUGGAGUGCCAUGACUAUCCUAUAUAAGAAUCAUCCCAUAGCGUUACCAGUGCUAGGCGUGUUUGUAUGGGCCUUGCCGGCUCUAGAGUCGCUAUUGUGGGUAGCAGUAUGUGCAGCCCCUUCCCUAGCAGUGAGGGUGUGUGCGGGAGUCACCAUGCAUAUACCUAUUGGUCGCUCCUGUUGGGGUCUGGCUAGUUGGCUGAGACAACUAAGAUUCUGGCUCAUGUGGGAUGUUGCUACAGUGAGCAUUAUUGUUAUGAACUCAGCACUGAACUCAACCGAUAAGCUCCGAUGUGAGAUAUACUGGCUGCCCUAUUCCUUAUGGUGGAUAGCAACGGUGCUAAUGUACGGUGGGAGGUCAGUGGGAGACGACUACCUUAAACUGGUAAUCUCGACGGUACAAGGCAUGCCCAUUCUGGCCGAGCGAUGACAUGUUACGUUGCCUAGUAGUAGUUGAAUUCGGUGAAGUUUAAUAUG